UAUAGUAUAUAUAUAAGUAUACACUCUUCUAGGAUCAAUCGUGAGGAGUUCCUUAAAUUGUCUUGCGACAUGGAGUACAGAAAGAGGGUGGAUGCGCUAGUGUUUUUCUCGUUACUUCUCGGAUACUUUGCUGCUCAUGCACAUGGGAAGGGUCAUGUCACAGAUGAUGUCGGUGUUUCUACUCCAGCUAAAGAAGGAAUUAUGCAAGGAAACGGAGCACGAUGUGUUGUAGGGUUUCCUCCAUGCAAAGAUAACAAGUGCUACUGCUGCAUUGGGGGGCGAACUCAUGCUCGCUACUCUACGAUGGCUGAGUGUAGACAUGCCUGCUUCUAAACAAAAAUUAAGAUCGCUGUUAUUAUAUACAUUGUAAUGGUAGGUAAUGCUAUUAAUAAUAUAUGGGAAUUUUAGUUUUGGUAUUA